CAUGUUAAAAUCUUCAUGCUUCGUCGAUUGACUCGCCAACUCACCUUUCUCAACUCGGCCGAGUCGAACCGGUUCAUAUUAACCGGCUCACCGUACCGUCGUCAUUUGCCGGUCAAAUCUGUCCCCGUUAAUUUUCCCGUCGUAGGUCCUUCGUCUUUAUCGAUCUCUGUGAAGUGCAAAUCUUCCUCCUCCUACUCGGCGGUCAUCGGGAGGCGUAUGCCGGUGGAGAUGAGUUCUAGUCCGAUGACGGCGUCGGUUGUGGAGGAUUUUGUUCACGUUGAUGGAGAAGUUGCUAAUUUGAAUUCGGAAGGCUCGGAAGCGAGUGUUGUGGAGGAGCAAGGAGCUGAAGAGGUAAUUUCGGCGAAUGUAGAAGGUGAAGGAGAAGGAUAUGAAAGGAAGGUUUUGCCGGAGGAAUUGUCGAGGAGUGUAAUGAUGCUAACUUGUGAUUCUUCUGCCAAUGGAGGCAUUUGCGAUGUGUAUGUUGUUGGCACUGCUCACGUUUCUUCGGAAUCCUGCCAAGAAGUUGAAGCAGUGAUCAAUUUCUUGAAACCAGAGGUUGUCUUCUUGGAGUUAUGCUCAGGUCGGGUGGGUAUACUCACACCUCAGAAUUUAAAGGUACCAACAAUGGGAGAAAUGGUGGAGAUGUGGAAGAAAAAACAAAAUCUGUUUGGGAUACUCUACAGCUGGUUUCUUGCCAAGGUUGCUACCAAGCUUGAGGUUUUUCCCGGGGCUGAGUUUCGUGUGGCAUAUGAAGAAGCAAUGAAGUACGGUGGUAAAGUGAUUCUUGGUGACCGGCCCGUGCAAGUGACAUUACGAAGAACAUGGGCAAAAAUGCCACUUUGGCACAAGACAAAAUUGGUGUACUCUCUAUUGUUCCAAGCAGUUUUUUUACCAAAGCCUGAAGAUCUCGUCAAAAUGUUGAAGGAUAUGGAUGAUGUUGACAUGUUGACUCUUGUGAUUCAAGAAAUGAGCAAGCAGUUCCCUACUCUUAUGGAUACCCUAGUUCAUGAACGAGAUCAGUUUAUGUCAUCAAUGUUACUAAAAGUUGCCCGUGAACACAGCUCUGUUGUCGCAGUUGUUGGCAAGGGUCACCUUCCAGGAAUCAAGAAGAACUGGGAGCAACCUAUUGAGGUUAAGGAACUACUAUCAAUACCGUCACCCAAACCUCUCAUAACUGUUUCGAAGAUUGUGACAACCCUUGGAGUUGCUGUUGCAGGAGUCGCGAUAAUAUCUGGCAUUUACGUUUCAAGCAAGAAAUAAUCAUCAGAGGUUUUAAAUCCAACUGUCGGUAGGGCGUUGAAUAUGAACAUCAUCAAGGCUUUCUCUUGUGACUUUCAAUAUUUGAGAGCCAUGAACUGUUACUACUUCUCUUGUGCAUUUUCAGCAUUUGAGUCAGUACACAGAGAAUAGGAAUUUGUCAUUUUGCAAUUUUUUCUGAAUAUCUGAACUCUAAACAGUUGGUCGCGGCACGAAUAAUUGGUUAAAUAUGGCAGAAUGUUGAUAACAUGACAACAUCAAGUGAAAAGAAUUUAUACAAAAAUUUGUGUUCCUUCA